AAGAUCAUGGCAUUUACUACUCACACCACGCCUUCUGGAUUCUUACUGCCAUCCAUCCAUGCUACUCCUCCGUUCUUCAGCCAGCAGCUCAACGAAACGACACUCGCCUCAUUUACUGAGCUUUGGAUAAAGCUUAUACUCGCAUAUGCACGGCAUCGAAGGCUAUUCUCCCUACACGUGGAAGACGCAGAGACAUCUGGCAACGACUGGGACGAAGUCCUAAAGAACGAACGGAUAAACCGUCGUGUGCUUCCCUCUUAUCUAGAACACAUCAUGGGAGUGAUGGUGGCAAAGAACCUGGCGGUAUUCGAACCAGCGAAGCAAACGAGAUCGGCCCUGCUGUACUGGCGUCUGCCGGAGGAAUGGGCAGAGACGCUGCAUGAAUGGGCGACAUCGACUGGGCACCUGAAUACCAUCAUGACCUUUUACGAAGUCACGGAUCCCCCCAUCGAAUCGCCGCUCUCUGGGAUCCCGGUCCCGCUGCUUCGCAAGGCGAUUGGGAUCCUGGCAAAGACGAACCGGGCACAGCUGAUUGCAGUGGCGGAUGGCGAGGGCGUCAGAUUUUUUUCAAAGUAGUGUAUAAUUAGUGCAAUAUUAUUCGACGGUGCCAGACAUGAAUUCGAGUCCAGUCUAGAU